AUGCGGAUCAGUUCCAUUCUUUCGUUAGCGGUUACCGCUCUUCCUCUGACCGUAGCCAAUCCUCUUCCCGCAGACGCUCAGAACAGCAAGACCAGAAACUCUAUCAACAACAUUCAAGGCUGCCUCAACGCCGCAAAUGUCCCAAUCGCUACAACGUCCUCCUCAGACUGGUCCGAAGAUAUCAGACCUUACAACGCUCGCGUGCAGUUCACCCCGGCGCUUGUCGUGACGGCGACAAAUGCGAGCCAUGUACAGGCGGCCGUAAAAUGCGCGUCCCAGUACGGCAAAAAAAUCACGGCCCGCGGUGGCGGACACAGUUACUCGUCGUCCGGGCUCGGUGGAGAGGACGGUCACGUGGUGGUACGGCUGGAUGAGAUGUUUGGCGUCACGCUGAACGGAGACAAUACGGCCACCGUACAGGCCGGUGCUCGGCUCGGACACGUUGCGACGGAGCUGUUCGACCAAGGCGGCCGGGCUAUUUCACAUGGCUCGUGUCCAGGAGUCGGUGCAUCAGGCCACAGCAUCCACGGCGGUUUUGGUUUCAGCUCUCAUCUUUACGGUCUGGCGACCGACUGGAUUAUGGAAGCGACUGUCGUCACUGCCGAUGGUACAAUAGUCACGGCUUCGCCAACACAGAACGACGAUCUUUUCUGGGCCAUCCGCGGCGCGGGCUCAUCUUUCGGUAUCGUCACCGAAUUCAAGUUCAACACCUUCGCGGCGCCGAGUGUCGUCACUUGGUACAAGAUACCGUUCACUCUCAAGAAGGAUAAGCUAAUCGACGCACUUGUGGCUCUUCAGACGUACGCCCAGGGAGACAUGCCCGCUGAGUUGAACAUGCGAGCAGUCAUCACCCCAGAUAGCACAGCUUUCGAUGGUCUUUACUUUGGGACCGAAGCCCAGACGCGCAGCGUCCUGACGAAGUUCCUUUCGCCUUUAGGCAUCGACGUUGGUGGCGCCACUAUCACACAAACAGACUGGAUUGGCCAGUUGGAGCACUACGCCGGUCAGGAGCUUGACCAAACGGGGCCGCAAUCUGCGACCGACACUUUCUACGCUUCGAGCCUGAUGACCAAGGAGGUAUCUCGGAGUGGCUUCCAGGCAUUUGUCAACUUCUAUCAAAACACUGCAAAGUCAACCAACACAGGCUGGUUCGUUUUGAUUGACGUUCAUGGUGGCAAGAACUCCAAAACGGCGCAGGUCGCAAACACGGCGACCGCGUACGCGCACCGCGAUAAGGUGCUGCUGUGGCAAUUCUAUGACUCCUCUAGCGGCUCUGCGUAUCCCUCGUCUGGCUAUUCGUUCCUUGGCAAAUGGAUGUCCUCAGUUACUAAUACCAUGGUCAAGAGCGGCUGGGGUCGGUACGUGAACUACGCCGAUUCGCAAUUGAGUAAGGCGGACGCGCAGGACCAAUACUACAAGGAUAAUUUGCCCCGGUUGAAGACCAUCAAGGCAAAGUACGAUGCCAAGAGCCUUUUCACUUACCCCCAAGGUGUAGGCUCCUAG